GUAUGCAAACCCUUGUAUUUAAUAACUGGUAGAACCUCCUUUAGCUGCAAUAACCUCCACCAAACGUUUCCUGUAGUUGCUGAUCAGACUUGCAUAAUGGUGAGAAGUCAUUUUAGACCAUUCCUCCAUACAAGACUGUUCUAGUUCAUCAAUAUUUCUGGGAUUUCUUGCACGAACAGCCCUCUUCAGGUCAUGCCACAGCAUCUCAAUUUGGUUAAGGUCUGGACUCUGACUUGGCCAUUCCAAAACACGAAGUUUCUUUUUUUUGUACCGUUCUGUUGUUGAUUUACUCUUGUCUUUUGGAUUAUUGUCUUGUUGCAUUAUCCAUCUUCUAUUAAACUUCAGGUGACGGACCACUACCCUGAUAUUCUCCUGUAAGCUGGCUUUAUUAAAUUUUGAAUUUGCUGUCCCUCAACAGUUGAAAGCUGUCCAGGCCCUGAUAGAGCAAAGCAGCCCCAAACCACGAUGUUCCUCCCACCUUACUUCACAGCUGAGAUGAGGUGUUGGUGUUGAUGUGCAGGGCCGUUUUUUCCUCCAAACAUAGCAAUGUGCAUUUCUGCCAAAAAGUUCAACUUUUGUCUCAUCUGUCCACAGAACAUUGUCCCAGGAGUGUUGUGGAAAAUCCAAUUGGUCUUUUGCAAACUUCAGACAUGCAGCAAUGUUUUUUUUUCUGGAACAGUGGUUUUCUCCAUGGUGUCCUUCCAAGAACAUUAUUCUUGUUCAGUUUUUUUCUUAUAGUGUACACAUGAACAGAGAAUAUGAAAAUGAAUAGCAAGUCCUAGAGAUUUCUGCAUGUCUUUUGCUGUUACCCUUGGGUUCUUUUUCAACUCCUUCAGCAUUGGACAUUGUACUCUUGGUGUGAUCUUUGCAGGAAGCCCACUCCCUGGGAGAGUAGUAACAGUACUGAAUUUCCUCCAUUUGUAGACAAUUUUUCUUAUUGUGAACUGAUGAACUUUUGCAGCCUAUUCCAGCUUCAUGCAUCUCUACAAUUCUUCUAAGGUCCUUGGAAAGCUGUUUUGAUUGAGGCAUGGUGCACAUAAACAGAUACUUCUUGAGAAGAGCAGGCUGUGUCAGUAACCUGACUUUGUGUGUCUCUGUGUGGCACCUCCACAACCCACACCUCCAAUCUCAUCUCAUUGAUUGGAACACCUGACUCCAAAUAGCUUUUGUAGAAGGCAUUACCCCAGAGGUUCGCAUAUCUUUUUGAACCCAGACUGUGAUUAUUCAAAUAGUAUACUCAGUAUUGAGAAGUAUACUUCUUUGUGUGUCAUUAAUUUAUUCAGUGUGUUUGUCUAUUGACUUAGAUGAAGAUCAGACCACAUUUUAUGAGUGAUUAAUAUAAAACAAUAUGUAAUUGCAACGGGUUCACAAACUUUUUUCUCUAUAUUAUCAUGUAUUGCAUUAUACUGCUGUCACAAAGUUAACACAUUUCACGACAUAUGCCGGUGAUAUUAAACCUGAUUCUUGUAGACCACGAGGAGAAGGGGAACCAGAGGCAGGUGGCGAGCAAGUGAGAGAGAAACCAGAAUGGGGAAUGCAAAAAGAGAAAAGGAAGGAGGCAGGGUGGAAAUUGCCGGAAGUUAGAGAAAUCGAUGAUCUGCCAGCAGAUUGCUUCUUGCCCGAAAAUAUUAAGAGUUUAUGCAAACUUGGUGUGCAGAUGCAGGCUACUGCUUUUCCAGGGCGCACGUUGCAAAAGCGCUUCACUGAACCGCGAAGAGCCGUGUGUGUGUCCGAGAGCAAGCCAAACACUCUGAAGGGAUUGCACCUAAGUGCCUGUGACUUCUUGGUCUCGGGUUGUGACGGACUCUUUGAUGUGUUGGGAGUUUGCCAAGUGCAGCAACUUUCGGCUGACGUCAUGCUGCUCCGUGUCAGACGUCACACAGCCUCCUGAGUGACUCACCGAGCCAAAGGCAUUUUAAUGGCAAGAAGCAACCCCGUGACGUGUCAUUGUUGACUGCCGUGAAUGUAGUAUGAUGGAAGCUACGUCUAACACACAGGAUGUCUUGCUGGUUAAUUCAUCGUAUGUCACGGUUGCUGAGAGCAAAGAAGAUGUUGCUGAUGAUGCAACUGAAUCUGGGCAAUCCAUCAUGGGAGUUGACAUAAACGGUGCCUGUGUGAACAGUACUGGUAAAGUGCCAAACAGUGGACUAGCAGUGGACAACAGCAAUGUCACAGGCAAACACGAGGGCAAGAUUCACCAGCACCACGCUUCCGGUGUUAAAAGUGCCGUUGGUGAAGGAGACAGCUGUCUGAAUGGAUCCAAGUCCGUUUCUAGGCCCACUGGGCCUUCUGGCAUUCCCCAGUCUGUCUCUGACUCACCAGAAAGCUUGUCACCAAAGUGCAGAUCAGAUGAGAGGAGCGAUCCUUCCCCAGGUGUGGAUGGUUUCCAUGGCAACUUAAGGAAGUCUCAGGGAACUAAAUCUGAGAUGUUUGUUCAAAAAAGUGAAGCUUUGCAGUCGCUCAUUCUAAGUCUUCCUAUGCAAGAAACAGAUUUGCGUACUGUGGACCCAUCCUUGAAAGAGCAGAAUGAAGAACAAAUACGGUCAAAGGCUCAACGACAUCUUGAUGAGCAACUCAAACAGUACAGAGUCCAAAGACACCAGCAAAGAUCAAAACAGUCAACACCAAAAAAUCAACGCUCCAGUACUUUGGACCCAGAGCUGAUGUUCCAUCCGGAUGUCCUUCCUCGUGCCAGUACCCUCGCGUUGACUAAAGAAUACACUUUCUUGAGGACCAACGUUCCCCGCGGACCCAAAGUUGGUAGCCUUGGAAUUCCGAACGUUUCCAAAGAUGAAAAGGGUUCAAAGGGUUCAAAAUCCAGCAAAAUAAGGUCCCUUGCGGAUUACAGAACUCAGAGUUCAGAUGCCGGAAGUAGCAUUGGAAGAUCUUCCAGUGCUGAAGCAUUGGGAUCCCUGAAAGAAAAUCGGACUGGAUCAUCUACAUCGGUCAUAUCGGAAAUAGGCUCGACAUCAGAAAAUGAUAAAUUGGAGACUUCAUUGCAUAUGGAGGACACCAACUCCGAGAAUGACGCCAUGGAGUUUGCAGCAAGGCAGGACGAGAAUGAAAGCGACAGCUCUUCGUAUAGCAGUAUAUCUACUACUGGCAUCUGUGGGGCCAUGCCCUCGCUGGAUGCUGGGCAUAAAACCACGUACACUGUCAACGGACAAGAAAUGUCAUCUGAUGAAAUGGGGCACUUCCCUUCUAUUGGCGAGGUGCUGGAGGCGGCAGCGGCCACAACAGCGGCACUUCGAACCGAGCUGCAGGAAGUGAAUGGGGCAGUGCGGAGCCGAAGGGACAGUUUAUCCAGCAGUGUUUCCAUGGAAAGCUCUGUGCUGGAAUCCCACGAGGACCUCAUGCAGAUUCUCAAAGAAAAAAUGCGGCUUGAGGGUCAGUUGGAAGCUCUCUCCACUGAAGCUAAUGAGGGUUUGAAGGAGAAGACUGAACUGCAGGCCCAGUUAGCAGCCUUGAAUGCACAACUGCAGGCGCAGGAUGAGCAGAAGGUGCUCAGUGAACAAAGGCAAAGCACGUUGACCUCCGAAGUGAGCACUUUGCGCCAGACGUGCUCCAGUCUGGAACAGUCUAUGACUGAGCUUCAAAGCAACCUCGAGGCCAAGAAUGCCAGCUUAGCGGGGCUAAACAACGAUCUGCAGGUGGCCGAGGAGCAGUACCAGAGGCUCCUGGGGAAAGUUGAGGAAAUGCAGCAGGCAAUAUUGAGCAGAGAUAACUCGGUUCAAGCUGCUCGGCAGCAGAUGGCAGUUCUUCAGAGCCAGCUUCAGCAAGCGCAGUUGGAUCGUUCCACACUGACGAGCCAGCUCAAGGCUUCCCAGUCUGAAAUAACUUCUCUGCAGCAGGUCAGGCAGUGGUACCAGCAGCAGCUGACAGUAGCACAAGAGGCAAGGGUGCGGUUGCAGAGUGAAAUGGCCAGCGUGCAGGCUGGUCACAUGACUCAAGCAGCAAUGUUGGAACAUCUGAAAAUAGAGAAUGUAUCUUUGUCCCAACAACUUACGGACACUCAGCAGAGAUCCAUCAAGGAGAAGGAACGCAUUGCAACCCACCUGCAAAAUAUUGAGGUUGACAUGUUGGACCAGGAAAAGGCUUUUCAUCAGAUCCAGGAAGCAAAGGCAAUGGUGGAAGAUGAUUUGUCAAGGAAACUUGAGGAGUUUGAGGAAGAGCGUGAACAUCUUCAGAAAUUGGCUAAUUCUGCUUCAGCUUUGGAACGGGAUCUUGAGGAGGUUAAGUUAACCUUACAUCAACGCGAACUCCAGUUAGAAGCUCUGCAACAGGAACAACUGGAGCUUCUAAAGCAGCUCACCAGCUCCCAGGAGGCUUUACACACCAAAGACCAGUCCCUGAAUGAACUGCAGGCUCGUUACGAUGAACUGAAGGCCUGCCUCUCAGAGAUUCAAACGGAAACAAGUGCCAAAGACGACAUGAUCCAGUACUUGAAAAACGAGAAGAUUGUCCUGGAAGUGGCCUUACAAGCUGGAAAGAUGGAUAAAGAUGCGCUGGAGGAAGGAGCUAAACGGCUUGAGGAGGGAACUGAAGUGGUGUCUGAAGUUCUCGAACAACUUCGUCAGGAAAUUGCUGUCAAGACUGGGCAGGUGGAAAACAUGCAACAAGAGAAUGCUAACUUUAAGAAACAGACUCAGAAACUGAAGGACCAGCUCGUUCAGCAGAAGGUGAUGGUGGAGGCAUAUCGGCGCGACGCAAACUCAAAAGAUCAACUGAUAAGUGAGUUAAAAUCAGCGAAAAAGAAGCUGGAGUCGGCAGUGAAAGAGUUGAAGCAAGAAAUUGUCACACUGCAAACGGAUAAGAAAUCCACUCAAAAUGAACAUGUGCGGUUACAGAAGGAGAUUUCUCGUGUCCACCAACAAAUGACCGAUCUGGAAAGCCAACUUCAGUCAGUACAGGAAGGACGUGAUGAAUUGAACACAGAGCUUCAGUCGUUGCAGUUUGACAGGAGCCAGCUAAUGUCGCUCUCCCAGGAGAAUGAAGAGCUUAAGAAGCAAGUGGAGGAGAUGCAAGAAGAAACUAAAAAGGGUAUCUCUGAACAGAAGACCCGAAUGAAGAAACUUGGCACAGAUCUCACCACCGCACAGAAAGAAAUGAAAGCCAAGCACAAAGCUUACGAAAACGCUGUUGGCAUCUUGAGCCGUCGCCUUCAGGAGGCUCUUUCAGCAAAGGAGACUGCUGAGGCAGAGCUCAACAAACUGAAAGAUCAGGUCAUAGAGGAUGGAGGCAGUAAUUUUCUGCAAGAGCAGAUCCAGGCUUUGCAACUGGAGCUGCAGGCAGUGAACCACAGCAAAUCCAUGCUUGAGAAGGAACUGCAGGAGGUGAUCUCCCUCACCAGUCAAGAAUUGGAGGAUUACCGAGAAAAGGUUUUGGAGCUGGAAGAUGAGCUUCAGGAGUCGAGAGGUUUUAGGAAGAAGAUCAGACGGUUGGAAGAAGCCAAUAAGAAAUUGACUCUAGAUUUGGAGCACGAGCGAGGGAAGCUGGUUGGCCUGAAUCAAUCCCAUGCUGCACUGAAAGAGCACACCAACAUCUUGGAGACUGCCCUGUCCAAGAGAGAAGCAGAUCUAGUGCAGCUGAACCUGCAGGUACAAGCAGUUCUAAAGCGAAAGGAAGAGGAGGACCAGCAGAUGAAGCAGUUAAUACAAGCCUUGCAGAUUGCACUGGAAAAGGAGAAGGAGCACGUCAAUGAACUGAAGCAGCAGGUUUCUGUAAAUAAAGCUGAGGCCGGGCAUAAUCGUCGUCACUUCAGAGCAGCUGCCCUCGAACUUAGUGAGGUGAAGAAGGAGCUGCAAGCCAAAGAACAACUGGUAGAAGCUCUGCAGGCAGAAGCUGAUAAACUCCAAGCCCAGGAUAAGGAACAUUCUCAGGAAGUAGCACGUUUCCAGGAGGAAUUGGCUGCAGCUCAUUCUCAACUGAAAAUACUGCAAAGUCAGCUGGAUGAGCAGCUCAACAAACCAGCUACUGUCAACCAGGAGGUGGAGGACGUGAAGUGGGAAGUUGAACAGAAGGAAAGGGAGAUCCAAGCCUUAAGGCAGCAGUUCUCAAUGACGGAGCAGCGAAGUCAGAAAGAGCUGGAAGGACUUCAGGAAGCCUUGCAGAGUAUUAAAACAAAUCUGGAGGAACUGCAGGAGGAACUUUCAGCAACCCGCAAGGAUAAGUUCAUGCUCCAAACCAAGGUGAUGGAGCUAAGAAACAGCAUGAAGACGUUACUACAGCAAAACCAACAGCUAAAGAUGGACCUCAAGCAGAGAAAAACACGCAAGCGAGUGGAAUUGAAAGGAGAUGCUGUUUCAUCAAAUCCUGUAACUCCAGUAAAGAUCCCUGAUUGUCCUGUACCUGCUGCCCUCCUUGAGGAGUUACUCAGGCCACCAACAGCUGUGAGUAAAGAGCCUCUGAACAAUCUACACAGUUGUUUAAAGCAACUCAGGCAAGAGAUGGACAGUUUACAGCGACAGAUGGAGGAGCACACAGUAACCGUGCACCAGUCGAUGUCGUCAUGGACGCAGAUCGAAGGCCAGUUGAUGGAACUGACUGCGGAUGGCGCAGUUACAACAGCAGAACAGUCCAGCAUUAAUAUAGCAACUGACCUGAGCAAUAGUGCAAAUAGUGACCAUGUGGAUGGGAGCACUCAGUAGGGAACAAUUUCUGUACUGCCACACUCGGCAAUGCUGAUGAGUACGAAGCUUUUCCAUUCCUCCUUGAGAUUCAUUUACAUUCUGAUUUUGCUUGUCAAUCCAUCGGCAAGUAGUUAAGGAUCCUCUUUACACCUUCCUUCCAUGGUUUCACACCUGCAGUUUAAGCCAACAGGCCUUGUGUGGUUUUUAUUGGCUACAGGGGCCUUACUAAAAGAAGGGGAAGAAGAGAUGGGGAGAGAUUAGCUUUAUUUAUCUUUGUGGAGGCAAGUCCAUCAUCGGCUAUGUAAUGGACUGAAAUAGGAGAUAUUCAUCUCUAACCAUCCCAAGCCUUUGUUCAGGAUGUGAGUAAAGAUCAUGAGGUGAGAUGUCUUUUAUUCAAGAAGGGCUUAAAAGGUUAAACAUAUUGAUUUUAAUUUAUUAAAAUUAAACUGGUUGUAACUUUUGUAUUUGAGUUCUGAAAGUUGUCAAUUUAACUUGAAGUUGAAGGCGUAUUUAACAGUUUAAGACUUCAGCAGCAUUUUGUUGGUGCCGAAAAAAAGUCAGAAGUGUAACUGAGAACAAUAGUGUGGUUUGUACAGUGCAUUUUCAACUGAACAUUACAAAAUCUUUUAUUUCUUGGGGGUGAGGGGGAAGUAUUUUAAAAAAAAUGUACGUUGCACCUUUGAAUCUCCAAGUUGUGGAGCAAGCCAAUAUAACUCGAGCCAACCUCAGUGACAAGCUCUCCUUUUGAAAGUAUCGGGCUUUCCUUCUGUUAACGCACUAAUACACGGAGUCAUCUAAAUAUAGCAUUUCCAUGUUUCUUUACACACUGGUAGAGGCUUGAAUUUCUCAAAAAAAUGUUGGGUUUGAGUCCAUACAAGGCACCUUUGGGGUAAGGUUGGGUAAAAGCCUAUGGCACACCCUGUCCCCGGGGUCACAUUUGGGCUCAGUAAGUUACAAAUGUUACCCAUCUUUCCUAGGUGGGACAGUUCACUGGUUGGAACAGUAUAAAAGAAACUUACUACCUGUCACCUGGGAAUAUUUGCAAGUUGGUACUUAGUCACUUAAUGCUUCAUAGCCGGCAGCCUCGAGAAGAGAAAUAGACAUUAUAUAUGUAUGGACCUUGGGUUGCAGUUUUUAAAAAAAACUUUAUAUGUAAUACAAAAAUUCCAGUCAUUUUUUUGCUUUGUUAUAAAGAGAAGGCAUGAUUAUACAACUCUCAAAUAAACUUUGAAAAACCUUUAUUUCUUAUCAGUAGGUAGAAGUUGAGCUGGAGUAAUGGAAAAGGCUAACCAGAGCUACUUUAACCGUAAUUAAUGUAUGCUCACUACUUCGAUUAUUGUUUUUAUCAUAGUAACUUACUGUCUGGCAAUGCUGAAAUAGUAUGCUCGGUUAACAACACACUCUUCGGUUUAAUUUCGGCUUCAUAUUUUUACGUUUUGUUCUGCCUUUACUCUGGAGGCCCACUUACAUUAAACUAUCUUGUACAGUACGAAAGAACCGUGAGCAUGUUGAGGAACUCUGUGCAUUAUAUUGCUGAGGAGCAAUGUGCAAUAAAAUAUUUUUUGGUAAUUG